ACACACUGGGGCUUGUGUGUCAGUCAAAGGAAGGGAAAGAUCACGAGUUACAACAGAACACAGAGACUGUAGAAGGGAGACUAGUCUCUCUUUGUCUAGUAGUCAGAGAACCACAGUCUAGAACCAGAACCAGAGCCUAGCUGGGUUGUGAUGUGGACCCAAGGGGAAGACACCAACGCUGCAACCUCUGGUGGAGAAAGCAGUUGCUCCUCUGAAGAUGAAGGAGACAUUCAGUGUGAGAUUCUGGAGAAGCAGAGGGAUGAAGCCAAUCAGAAGCUAUCUGAGAUGGAGGAAGUAUCCUCUCAGCUGUUGAAGGAGAUGGAUGUUCUAGAGAUGCAGUUCCAGAUUGAACGCUCCUGUAGGGAAAGUGCAGAGGCCCUGGCUGUCAAGGUGACCAAAGACAACAAGGUUCUGAAGAGGAGGAGCCAGGCUCUGCUGCCAUUCAUCCCAGAGCUUCCUGAAAACCUGGAGGCUGACCUUGGGGUCGAUCCCGACCCUGAUGGGGACAGCGGGGAGGAUGCUGUGCUGCAAGGACAGGCCCAGAUAAGAGAACUGCAGGCCUCGGUGGACCAGCUGCUGGGGGAGAAGCUGCGGCUGUGUGAGCAGGUGGAGGCCCUGAGGGCAGAGCAGAACCAGCUCAAAGAACAGCUGGCCCUAGAGAUUGAUGAGAGAGAGGCCAUACUGAAGAAAGUCUUCAAACAGAACAAGACCAUGAAUAAGAUGAAGAGAGUGUCCCAGCUUGUGACAGAGGAGUUCACAGAGAUCAGUCAGAAACUGGAGCUGGAGCAGGGCCUCAGACAGCACGCAGAAGUCUUCGCCCACCAGGUGUUGGUGAAGCAGAAGCAAACCCAGAGACAGAGCAUGGUGCUGCAGCAGAGUUCAGAGACAAGUAUGCAGCUCCAACAGGCUCUGGAACAGGUGGCCCACAUCAACAGUACCUUACAGGACAUACAGCUCUACUACCGAAACCAGGUGAAGCAGACCCAGUGUGCUCUGGAGGAGAGCAGUGUUCUGUCUGAGCUGCAGAUUGUCAGAGGCCAGCUGGAGAGCAGUGAGAAGGAGAGGAGGGCCAUGGAGACCCAUCUAAGGGAGGCGCAGAUCACUGCCGCCCACCUCCAGGGAGAAGUGAAACAUCUCCAGGAUAGGCUGAAAGACCAGGUUUCCAAAGCUGACCAACCAGUGGAGGACAACUCAACCACUGCUGCUCCUCCUCCUCCUCCUCCUCCCCCUCCUCCUCCUCCUCCUCCUCCCCCUCCCCUGCCCCCAACUCCCUCCAGCACUGUUGUUGAUCAACUUGUCGUCCUGCGCAACAAGAGGAAGGAGUCCGUCAACAACACUGAUAAGAAUAAGCCAGAUCCUUCUGUGGACAUGAAGACCCGAGCGGUGGAUGAGAUGAUGGAGAGGAUAAAGAAAGGCAUCGUCCUGAGACCCACCCUGAGACCACAGCCUGGAUCAGAAGAUGACAGUGCCUGGAGGGACCAUAGGAGUGAGAAGAGAAAGUCAGCCGUGCUGGAUCUAAAAGGAAUGCUGGACACCAUGAAACGCCCAGGCCACAGGAGGGCGGGGUCACGGAAGAGGAUAAGCCGAAACGUAGGGGAGGCGGAGCUACAUCUGGUGCUACUGAGGAGGAGGCGGGCCAUGGGGGAUGGACAGGACACCCCCGGACCCUCCCCAACCCCCUCCCCAGCCCCUCCCACCACCAAAAUCCAAGGUCCCCAGCCGGGUGGCCCAGCAGCAGGUGCCCUUCUCUGCGCAGGAGAGCGUGGCAGCACCCCUGUGCUCAGGAGGCUCCAGCAGAACAGAGAGAAGAGGAACUCUCGUAUCAGAUCAUCAGAACUGAUCAUCUGCCAGGAGGAGAUCUGAGCCUUGGGGAAAGGGAUGAUUAGUGUUAGGAUACUGUUCCACAGCAUUUCCCAAACCUCUCCUGGAGUACCCCCAGCCAGUCAACUGAUUUGAUGUAUUCCAAGCACUGCUGACGUAAAUGUCAUCUUACCUUUAAUCAACAAACCCCUCAUUAGUUAAAUCAGCUGGCUUGUUUUGGAAUAUAUCAAAUGUGUGGACUAGCUAGGGGUACUGAAGGAGAGGUUUUGGGAACACUGUUGUAACAAUCAUAUUGAUGCACUGUAUAUUUUAAUAUAUAGAUUUAUAUGGUUAGUGCUGAGCGAUUAGGGCUUUUUGAGGUCAGUUCGGUUUCUAAAAAAAGAACCAAAUCUUCAAUUUGGGUUUAGCAUUAAAAUAUGUUUACAAUAAAUUAAUUGUUGGUUGAAUGCUGUAACAAAACAGAAUAAAUCAAAUGAUGGUAGUGAUGUCUCAUUACUAUCACUUAUAAGGCUCUAAUCUAAUUUAUUCACAUUACUUUACUUUAAAUAAAAAAUGUGUUAUGUUUAUUACAUACUCGUUUUCAGUA